AUGGAAAGCCCAGGUUUUUCAAGUGAAUCAAGCUAUGAUCCUGAAAUCGUGAUGCCAAUAGCAAUCAAACCAGUCACUCAUUUUCUUCUCGUCCCUGCUUCUCAGUUUAUAAUGAACCCUGAUAACACCUAUCUUGGAAGCUUAACCAAAUCAGAAAGGGCAAGCAAGGUAAAGCGUUACCUUGAUAAGAAACACUCCAGAGUCUAUGACAAAAAGGUCAGGUAUCAAAGCCGCAAAGAAUCUGCUGACAAGCGCGUAAGAGUCUGCGGCCGAUUUGUGAAACAAGAAGUCCCAUCCAGAAGCAGCACUGAGGACGAAAUAAGCAUGGCUUGCUUUAAAAUUGAUAGCGAUCCAGCCGUUGAUGAAAAUUCAAUGGCAGCGCUUUAA